UUGAUGAACUGUCGUUAAAUAGUGAAGGUAUGGAAUGUUAACCAAAAGAAAUAUAAUCGCAAAGAAAUUAAAUGUCAAGGUAAAGAUAAGAAGAUAUGAAGAAUGUUCGAAGUAAGCUUUGCAGAGAAAUAUCUUGUGGAACUCUUUAAUCUAACAGAAUUUUUUUUUCUGACAAAGGAAAACAAUUUCAAAGUAAAAUGCAGUUUAAUCCAAGAAACGUAAUAAUGCUACUAAUGAGUGCUUCAUUUUUAAAUAUGUCUUUAACUCCUACUACCGAAAAAGAAAUGGAAGUACAACGGAAAAUAGAAAAUUUGUUACAAAAUAUUUAUGAAAAUGAAUUAGAAGUAGAAGAAGAAGAGUCUCUGGAUUUUGAAAAUUUAUUUGACAUUUCGGAAACAAACUUAAUAACAGACGAAGAAUGAAAUGAAGCAGAUCAACCUACGUACGAUGUAAAGGAAAUGACAUGUGAAAAUUACAUGAUUCCAAUAGAAUACAAAAGAAGAGCUGUUGAAUUUUGGAGACCUGAUGGUUCAGUUAGGCCAAAAUCGUUUGACAGUGUAAAACAUAAAUUUCGAAAACUUACAUCACCGCGCGAAUUACGACGAUGGCAGGAACAAGUGAACAGAGGUGGUACUAGAUUGGAGAAGCUGAAAGAAAUUUCAUCGUAUACGUUAAAUAAAUUCGAGAAAGCAGUACAGAACGGCAUUAUUAUUCAUGACAUUGAUAUUGCUCGAUGGGGGCUGAAAGCACAACAAGAGAUUAACUGUCCAGGAUUUAGAGCAUCACAUUAUUGGGUAAAUCAAUUUAAGAUAGCACAUCGUAUUGUAUCUCGAAAAGUUACAAAAUUUAUAACGAAGAAAACUCUACAAUCAAAAGAUAAUCUAGAGGCAGAAGGUAAUAGAUUUAUCGAAAACGUUAAAUAUUAUAUUACGCGUUACGGAUUCGAAAAUAUUUACAAUUCGGACCAAAGCGGAUUCCAAUUAGAAUUGCAUGCCGGUCGUUCAUUGGCAGUUGAAGGUACAAAAAAAGUUGAACGCGUAGUACAAUCGGUGUCUGCAACAACGCAUAGUUAUACAAUUCAGCCAAUAAUUUCAGGCGAUGGUAGAUUAUUAUCUCCUCUUUUUAUAGUUUUAAAAGAACCAACCGGAACAUUUGGUCCUAGAGUACAGGAAACAAUGUUUAGAGAGAACAAUAUUUUUGUUUUGGCUUCUAAAUCUGGCAAAUUAACAUCACAUCAUUUUGAGAUAUGGUUAAGAGAAGUUUAUUUUUCCAAUGUUGGUCCAAAGUCGGUUUUAUUAUUGGAUUCGUGGACUGGCCAUUGUCCCGAUGUAAUUGCAAGAAAUAGAAUUAGCAAAACAAAAUGCUGAGGAUAUUGUUUUUCUAACAAUACCAGCGGGAACAACAGGUCAGAGACAACCAUUAGACGUAUAUGGUUUCCGCUUAUGGAAGAACUUUGUAAAACAUUUUUCGGAUGUUGUCAUGCUUCUGGAUUUAGAAGUUUAAACUACAUUCACGAGAUUCUAUUUUAAAAUUGCAAUCACUAACACAUUUCCAAUUUUUAUCACCAAGGUUUAGGAAUUUGUUUAAAUACGCAUGGUAUAAAAGUGGAUAUAUAGAUAUAAGGCCAGAUGAAUUUGAGACACCAGUAGACUUUUGUUUCAAAACACAUUCAAAAAGAACAUGUGAUAUUUGCGGCGGGAUUGCUGUAAUAACUUGCGCGUGGUGUAAAAAGAGUCUGUGUUUGAAACAUUUUUUUCAUGAUCAUCAUCUUUGUUAUAAUUAUGAACCCUAAAUUGUAUAAAUUGUAUGAACACUAAA